GCAUGGAUGGUAGGAGGCAGUGGGAACGACUGACUGGGAAUCGGGAGACUCAAAUUGGCCUCUAAAGCAACAGUUUUUGUGCUGGUCAAUUAAAGUGGCUGUGAGACCAUCAGAAAUCUUUGCACGCAGCUUGCUUUUCUCAUGGAAGCAGAUCUAAAUAGGCAUAUUGUCAUUUUCUGCCUUUCAGUUAUACUUCUCACAGUAGGACCACAGGAACUAGGUUGAUACCAAGUCAUCAGAGAAAUGGCCACACGCCUCAGAUCAGCUGGUAAAAAGUGUACAGUGAUCGGCGGCUGCGGAUUCUUAGGCCAGCACAUGGUGGAGAAGCUCCUGGACAAGGGUUACUUGGUCAACGUGUUUGAUAUCGAGAAGAGAUUUGAGAAUGACAGAGUGCAGUUUUUCCUGGGAGACCUUUGCGACAAAGAGGCCUUGCUCCCAGCUUUACAAGGCGCUUCAGUGGCAUUUCAUUGUGCGUCGCCAGCACCUUCAAGUGACAACAGGGAACUGUUUUAUAAGGUGAAUUUUAUGGGAACCAAAACAGUCAUUGAAGCCUGCAAAGAAGCUGGAGUGCAGAAACUGGUGUUAACUAGCAGUGCCAGUGUUGUUUUUGAGGGCACAGACAUAAAAAAUGGAACAGAAGACCUCCCUUAUGCGAAAAAACCUAUUGACUAUUACACAGAGACAAUCCUACAGGAAAAGGAAGUACUGAGUGCAAAUGACCCUGACAACAAUUUCUUCACUGUUGCUAUUCGCCCCCACGGGAUAUUUGGUCCUAGAGACCCUCAGCUGGUUCCCAUCCUCGUCCAAGCAGCUAAGAGUGGCAAAAUGAAGUUCAUAAUCGGGGAUGGAAAGAACUUGGUAGACUUCACUUAUGUGGAAAACGUGGUCCAUGGACAUAUCCUAGCUGCUGAGCACCUUCAGAAGGACUCUCCCUUGUGUGGGAAGGCAUUUCAUAUCACAAAUGAUGAACCAAUUCCCUUCUGGGCAUUCAUGUCCCGUAUCUUGACUGGCUUGAACUACGAUGCACCCAAGUACUAUAUUCCCUAUGGGCUGGCAUAUUACUUGGCCCUGUUCUUGGCUCUAGUGCUGUGGCUGCUCAGUCCACUGGUCACCAUCAAGCCCACUUUUACCCCUAUGCGGGUAGCACUAGCUGGGACCUUUCACUACUACAGUUGUGAACGGGCCAAACGAGACAUGGGCUACAAGCCAGUGGUGAGCUUGGAUGAAGCGAUAGACAGGACUCUCCAGAGCUACCCCCACCUACGCCGGGCUAAGGCCUGAGAAGUCCUGGAUGGAUUUUAUUUCUACCAGAAUUUCCUAAUUGCUUUGAGAUCUUAACAUGAACACUGAAGCAAAUCUCACUAAUUGCCUGGAACAGGGAGUUUUCCCAAAGUCCCUCCUCCUCCUCACCAUUAUCAAGACAGACUUCUCUGGGUUGAAAAACACUUCACGUAGUAGCUGUUCUAACAGUUCUUUCCUUUGAUGUGACUUGUUCUGAAACAGCUGCUGAACUCUGUGGGCUAUGAAUAAACACCCUGCUGUGCCCUUUUCAGUCCCA